AUUAAAAAAACUGAGAAAAAAAAGGGAGAGAAGAGAGCAGCCUUCUCCCUCGCUCUCCUAUCCUCCCUCCUCGGGACUCGGCCAUCCCACCCCACAUGGCCUCCGCCCCCUUCCCGCCCGUUGCGGCGGCGGCCGCCGCCCCGCCGCGCCUGGCCCCGCACGUCCCCUUCUUCCGCCUGUCCGCCGCCGCGGCGCGGCGGUCCUCCCUCUCGUUACGCUCCCCCGCCAUCGCUACCCCCCUCCGCUACACGCACCACCGCGCCGUCGCGCCCAGGUCGAGGAAACGCGCGCAAGGGCUCGGCGCGACGUCGGCGUCGGCGUCGGUGCUGGCGGCGUCGGCUGGGAAUUUCGGCGCGGAGAGGGACGGGUGCCUCUCGUGCUUCCCCAAGAGCCGGAGGCGGGGCAGGCUGGGGCUCGCGAGCUUCGCGCCGUGCGCGCUCCCGCACGCGUCGGGUGUUUCCAUUUGCAGAGGGGUUAAGGUCAGGCCUAGCCAUAUAUUACAUGCUGCUGGGCCUGAUGAACCACAUGUUGCAAGUCCGACAUGGUCUGAAACUUCUCUUGACAAACCUUACCUGGAUAAUGCCAUUAGUAAGGAGGAGCUUCAAGGUUUUCUCAACACUCCGCUUCCAUCUCAUCCAAAGCUAAUUCGGGGCCAGUUGAAGAAUGGCCUCCGGUAUCUUAUUUUACCGAACAAAGUUCCAGCAAACAGGUUUGAGGCUCACAUGGAAGUUCAUGUUGGAUCAAUUGACGAGGAUGAGGAUGAGCAAGGAAUUGCACAUAUGAUCGAACAUGUUGCAUUCCUUGGCAGUAAAAAGCGUGAAAAACUUUUAGGGACAGGUGCAAGGUCCAAUGCAUACACGGACUUCCACCAUACAGUGUUCCAUAUCCAUUCUCCAACUAAAACAAAGGAAUAUGGUGAAGACUUACUCCCUUCUGUGCUGGAUGCAUUGAACGAGAUAGCUUUUCAUCCGAAGUUCUCUUCAUCUCGUGUUGAGAAAGAGAGAAGAGCAAUUCUUUCUGAGCUCCAGAUGAUGAACACAAUCGAGUAUCGUGUUGAUUGCCAGUUGUUGCAACAUCUGCACUCAGAAAACAAACUGAGCAACAGAUUCCCUAUUGGACUUGAAGAGCAAAUACAUAAAUGGGAUCCUGAUAAGAUCCGCAGAUUUCACGAGCGUUGGUAUUACCCUGCUAACGCCACUUUAUAUCUGGUGGGAGAAAUUGAUGACAUUCCCAGAGCAGUGCGAGAAAUAGAGGCUGUAUUUGAACAUACGUUUUCAGCAAAUGAAACAUCCCCUAUCUCAAAUGCUAGUCCAUUUGGUGCCAUGGCAAGCCUUUUUGCACCAAAGCUCCCAGGUGGCUUUGCUGAAAACCUAACAGGUGAAAGAUCACCUGCCACAGAGAAAAUAAAGCCUGUAAAAAGGGAAAGGCAAGCAGUCAGACCUCCUGUAGAGCAUAACUGGUCUCUUCCUGGAGUUGCCCAGGAGGCCAAGCCUCCGGCAAUUUUUCAGCAUGAGUUGAUUCAAAGUUUCUCUAUCAACAUGUUCUGUAAGAUACCUGUUAGCCAAGUUCAGACUUAUAAGGACCUGCACAGUGUACUGAUGAAAAGAAUAUUUUUAUCUGCACUACAUUUUCGAAUCAAUACAAGAUACAAGAGUUCAAAUCCUCCUUUUACGUCUGUUGAGCUGGAUCACAGUGACUCAGGUAGGGAAGGAUGCACAGUCACUACUCUUACAGUAACAGCUGAACCCCAAAACUGGAGGAGUGCCAUCAAAGUUGCUGUUCAUGAGGUGCGUAGACUGAAAGAGUUUGGUGUCACUAUGGGAGAAAUGACCCGUUACAUGGAUGCACUGAUAAAAGAUAGUGAGCAGCUGGCUAUGAUGAUUGACAGUGUUCCCUCAGUUGACAACUUGGACUUCAUCAUGGAGAGUGAUGCGCUUGGCCAUACUGUUAUGGAUCAGUUGCAGGGACAUGAAAGUUUGCUUGCAGUUGCUGAAACUGUCACCCUUGAAGAGGUCAACUCUGUUGGCGCAGAAGUACUGGAAUUCAUUUCAGACUUUGGAAAACCCAAUGCUCCCCUUCCUGCUGCUAUUGUGGCCUGUGUACCCAAAAUGGUGCAUGUUGAUGGAGUAGGUGAAACUGAUUUUGAGAUAUAUCCAGAAGAAAUUACAGACGCCAUCAAGGUGGGUCUUGAGGAACCUAUUUAUCCAGAGCCUGAGCUUGAGGUGCCAAAGGAAUUGAUUACUCAAUCACAGCUUGAUGAGCUAAAACUGCAACACAAACCGUCAUUUGUUCCUUUGAACAAAGAGCAGGAGGUGGUGAAAGUAUUUGACAGUGAAACUGGUAUAACACAACGCUGUCUUUCUAAUGGAAUUUCCAUCAAUUAUAAGAUCACACAAAAUGAAGCAAGGGUUGGUGUCAUGCGGUUGAUAGUAGGUGGAGGGAGAGCGAUUGAAGAUUCUGAAUCAAAGGGAUCUGUUAUUGUUGGUGUUCGUACCUUGAGUGAAGGUGGUUGUGUUGGUAACUUUUCAAGGGAACAGGUUGAACUUUUCUGUGUGAAUAAUCUUAUCAACUGUUCACUGGAAUCCAAUGAGGAAUUCAUCUUUAUGGAAUUUAGAUUUGCUUUAAGAGACAAUGGAAUGCGUGCUGCUUUCCAACUUCUCCAUAUGGUCCUUGAGCAUAACGUGUGGCUAGAAGAUGCAUUUGAUAGAGCAACUCAGUUAUAUCUGUCUUACUACCGCUCCAUCCCCAAAAGUUUGGAACGUUCUACAGCUCACAAGCUUAUGUUAGCCAUGCUAAACCAUGAUGAAAGGUUCGUAGAGCCAUCGCCACAUUCAUUGCAGAAGUUAACUCUUCAGUCAGUUAAAGAUGCUGUUAUGAACCAGUUUGUGGGUGGCAACAUGGAGGUCAGCAUUGUUGGUGAUUUCAUUGAAGAAGAAGUAGAAUCUUGUGUUCUUGAUUAUCUUGGGACUGUGAGAGGUACAAGUUCUCCAAACACAGAGGAGUGCAUUGAAAAGAUUUCCUUCCGACCAUUUCCAUCAGAUCUGCAUUUUCAGCAAGUAUACAUAAAGGAUACAGAUGAGAGAGCCUGUGCGUACAUUGCAGGCCCUGCACCUAAUCGUUGGGGAUUCGCUGCUGAAGGAAAUGACCUAUUUAAUGUCAUUCGGAGUUCUGGUGCUGAUGCAGGAACAUCUGAAAAGGUAAAUUUGGAUUUGAUGGGGAAAAAACAUAUUGAUGUUCGCAACCACUCUCUUUUCUUCGGCAUCACUUUGAGUUUGCUCGCUGAAAUUAUCAAUUCUAGGUUGUUCACAAUGGUUCGAGAUUCCAUGGGAUUGACAUAUGACGUUUCUUUUGAAUUAAACCUUUUUGACAAAUUGGAUCUUGGUUGGUAUGUGAUCGCGGUCACUUCAACUCCGAGCAAGGUCCAUAAAGCUGUCGAUGCAUGCAAAGGUGUUCUGAGAGGAUUACAUAGUAGCCGAAUUGUUGAAAGGGAGCUGGACCGGGCAAAGAGGACAUUAUUGAUGAAACACGAGGCUGAGACAAAGACAAAUGCCUAUUGGCUUGGUUUGCUAGCUCAUCUACAGUCUUCAUCUGUACCAAGAAAGGAUGUAUCCUGUAUCAAAGAAUUGACGACGUUGUAUGAAAGCGCCACGAUUGAGGACUUGUAUCUUGCAUAUGAGCAUCUGAAAGUUGACGAAUCUUCUUUGUUUGCCUGUAUUGGGAUUGCUGGCGCCGAAUCUGGUGAAGACACAAAUGAUGAUGAGCCUGAUAUGGACCUUCAUGGUAUGGCUCCCAUGGGAGGCCGGGGUCUAUCAACAAUGACCAGACCAACCACAUGAUAUCUACCUUUUCAGGCGCCAACCCUUCCAAGGAAUCAACCUAGCUCCUGAAGAGAGGAGUCGUGUGAUCCUAUGAAGACAACAUGUUGAUGGCCGUUUUUCAGGAAUAUACCCGUUAAAGACCGUUGAUGCACUGGAUCAGCCCAAUUAUUAUUCGUGUGCAUUUUAACAGAAAGUUUGGUAGUUGCAUUUUUCCGGAGAAAUAGUGAGUUGAUUGCUGGCAAGGGUGGAUUUAUUGAAGGCCAUGUAGCUUCAGAUGUAUAGUAAAGAAAGUUGAUUCGUGCAGAUUUCUGAUUUGUUGUAACUAGGUCCUUCAGGGCAUUUCAAAAAUCAGAAGAUAGGAUGACAGUAGAAUCACAGAUAAAUUGUGCAGCGUCUAAGCACAGGGCAUAUGCAACACAAUAAUGAAACGUAAGCUUGUAACAUUUUGAUGCCAUUAUUUUCCCCAGAUGAUGUAUAAUUUUGUUAUUCAUAAUAAAUAGAUUCACAGUUUUGUUGAUUA